AGACAUAGAAUAACUAGACGCCUCAUGACCAGCAGAAUCAUAUGUCAGCGUCACCACCAUAUUGCGAGUGGCACUGCUGUGGAGUGAAGUAGUGAAUAAAGAUGCCUCAUGCAUGUUCUGCUUGGGCUUGUACAAACCGCUGUACGCUCCAAACCAGAUCCCGGGGGAUUGCAUUUUAUAGAUUUCCCACAGACAUCCACCUCAGGAAGCAGUGGGAAGUAGCCCUUAGACGGGAAUGUUUCAGCGCCAAUGACUCAUCCAGGCUCUGCAGUGAGCACUUCAGACAGGAGGAUUUUCACAGGACAGGUCAGACUGUUAGAAUCAGAGAUGGAGCUCUUCCCUCUGUGUUCAGGUUUCCAACUCAUCUCCAAAGGGUAGUGGCAACCAGGACCACACUGACUUCGGUGAGGGCACAGGAGAGCCUGUCAGUACACUGUUCUUUGCCUGUCCAAGAGAUUGAAGCUCUGCCUGAUCCCAGUGUUAUGAAAGAUUUGAGGGAGAAGAACCUCAUUAAUGAAGAGCUGAAAGAGAGGCUGGAUUUAUACUCGGGUAAAAUAGAAAUAAAAUACAAAAUAUGGAGAAAAUGGUAUGUAGUUAAGUGUAAAAUUCUUUAAGACAUCCUAAUUAUUACUUCAAGGGGGUUUUCUAAUUUGUCUGUGCUAACUGAAUUUUAGAUCUUCCAGUGCAUCUCCUGUCAAAACAGAGCCAUGAGUAUACAAAAGACCAGAAAGAGUUUGCCCUUAGCCUCCACCUACAU